AUGGCGCUCGCCUUCGACGAGUUCGGGCGCCCCUUCAUCAUCCUCAGGGAGCAGGAGAAGAAGACGCGCCUGCGCGGGCUCGACGCGCAGAAGGCCAACAUCGCCGCCGGCAAGGCCGUCGCGCGGAUCCUCCGCACCUCGCUCGGACCCAAGGGCAUGGACAAGAUGCUCCAGUCCCCCGACGGAGACGUCACCAUCACAAAUGAUGGGGCCACGAUUCUGGAGCAGAUGGAUGUUGACAACCAGAUUGCAAAGCUGAUGGUGGAGCUGUCCCGUAGUCAAGACUAUGAGAUCGGGGAUGGUACCACUGGGGUGGUGGUCAUGGCUGGGGCACUCCUAGAGCAGGCUGAGAAACUUCUGGAGCGUGAUAUUCACCAGAUACGGGUUGCCGAAGGUUAUGAGAUGGCAUCAAGGGUAGCUUUUGAUCACCUUGAGCGCAUCUCCCAAAAGUUUGAAUUCAGCGCAGACAAUAUAGAGCCCCUGGUUCAGACCUGCAUGACGACUCUGUCGUCAAAGAUUGUUCACCGUUGCAAGCGGGCACUGGCAAAGAUUGCUGUCAAAGCAGUCCUUGCGGUUGCUGAUUUGGACAGGAAGGAUGUUAACUUGGAUUUAAUCAAAGUAGAAGGCAAGGUCGGUGGGAAGCUGGAGGACACAGAGCUAAUAUAUGGAAUUGUCGUUGACAAAGAUAUGAGCCACCCUCAAAUGCCAAAGAGAAUUGAGGAUGCUAAGAUAGCCAUCCUGACGUGCCCAUUUGAGCCCCCGAAACCUAAGACAAAGCAUAAGACGCUGUGUGGGCAAGAGCAGAAGUACUUUGAUGAAAUGGUUCAGAAAUGCAAGGAUGUUGGUGCAACCCUGGUUAUUUGUCAAUGGGGUUUUGAUGAUAAAGCCAAUCAUCUAUUGAUGCACAGAAAUCUGCCAGCUGUCAGAUGGGUUGGUGGUGUUGAAAUGGAAUUGAUUGCCAUUGCUACAGGAGGAUGGAUUGUUCCAAGAUUUCAAGAGCUGAGUCCAGAAAAGCUAGGGAAGGCUGGAUUAGUCAGAGAGAAGUCAUUUGGAACAACCAAGGACCGGAUGCUUUACAUUGAGCAGUGUGCCAAUUCCAGAGCUGUAACUAUUUUCAUUCGUGGUGCUAUGUUCUGA